AUGGCCAAGUUUAGGGUAUUCUUCAUAUCUCCCGCCUCCUUCAUCGCGUCACCGCGCCCUCCCUCUCUCCCGCCGCCAAUCCCUCUAUCUCUUACCCCUCCGUUCACAAAUUCGACUGGCGAGAGUAUUAUCAGCAGUUUUUGUUGCCGGAAGCUGACGAACACCGACCCAUCCGCAUUGUCGAGUUGCUUGGAGCCCUUGUUCCAUUAUACAGUGAGAAGUGACAUCCGGUUGGGUUCAAGAGAAUUGGGGAGAAUGACAUUAAUGGCUGGAAGAGUUUUUAUGGAGGGAAAGGAAAAAAUUGGAGGGAAAUAUACUAAGUUCCCUCCAAAUAAUGCUCCAUCUCAAUAUAUGGUCAUAUCACAUUCAAUGUUGUUGAAUCUUUCAACAAUUGGAUUCGUGUGGCGAGAACACUUUCUGUUUGCGAUAUGAUGGAUCACAUUAGUGUGCAAAUUAUGGAAAGGAUGAAUUCUCACCGCUAGAUGGCAACAAAAUAGAAUAGCUAUCUAUGUCCUGAAGCGGAAAAAACUCUCUAAGAAAAUUACAUGAAGGGAAGCACUCUUGAAGUCUCACAUUCUACAGCUAAAAUCUUUGAGGUAUCAUCUGCAAAAAUAGUACAAGUUGAUUCGGAACACAAAACAUGCACGUGUCGUGCAUGAGAUAUAUUGCGAAUACCAUGUAAACAUUUGUGUGCUGCUGUUAACUUUAUGCAUAGAGAUGUGUACCAGUAUUACAAUUGGUUCAUGACGACUGAAGUUUUCAAGAAAAUUUAUGAACCAAUUCUCUUUCAUGUUCUAAAUUACGAUAAGCCAGAUGUCACGGAUGAAACAGUUGGCAUACUUCCUCUAAAGAUGACAAAGAGACGUGGAAGGAACAAGAAUAGACGUAUCAACAACUGAUCUGAGAAUAGACGUCCAAUUAAAUGCUUAAUAUGCCACGCUGAAGGACAUAACCGAGUCACAUGCACUGAACCCAUCCAAGACUAACGUUUCCUGGCAGAAUUCAAACACUUCUGGUGUUGUUGUCUGUUAUAUAUUACUUUUGAUUUUUUUGUUGUGAUAUUUAUGAGUUAAAUGUACAUAUUACCUUUUCCGGUGACUUAUUGGUAUUAACUGUGACACCUGUAAGAUCUAUACUUUCAGAUUC